AUGAACUUACUGUGCCCUGAGAACCUGGACUUUGGUCAUGGGGCUUCUCAAAUUUGUGAUCUAGACGUCCUUUAUCCAUGGAGUCCUGAAAUUCAUGCAGACCCUAUGGCGGUUGUCGAUCCGUUCAUCAUCAAGUAUCCAGCCCCUAGGGAGACAGACUGGGAAGCAAAGAAGCCUUUUAUCGAGCAUUUCUAUCUGACUGAGAACCAAACCCUCAAUGCCACGAUCAUAUGCAUGAGAGAACAGCAUGGCUUCAACGCCACCGAAAAGAUGUACAAGAGGCACUUCCGGGUCUGGGGCUGGUACAAGUACACGUCGAAGAGCGUUCGAAAAGAAAAGCAGUUCGAAAACGAGACAGUAUCGACAUUGUCUCUCACUGGGGCAAGUGAGCCACCAAGGAAGAAGGCACGCGUACAGGAAGAGCCAGACCAUCCUUCCCCGGCUUUGUCGACAACCAGCACCUUGAUCCCCAUGGAUCUGCAGAAUUUUCAGCAAAAAGCUACUAUCUUCGCUGGUAUCAACCAAUUACUCGAUUUUCAUGUCCGUACUACCACACUAUCGUCAAGAGCAUGCUCAUCAUCCAAGUAUCGGCUCCUCCAUGGUGAUUCCGCCCCAAGGUUACGGGAUGGAUUCUAUGAAGCGCUCAACAUCUUAGACUGCAAGAAAACGCUAGGGCGGGAGGCUAUUGAGAGAGUACUCGACCAAGUACAAUACCACAUCAAAGAAGAUGACAUCACAUCUUUUGUAGAGCUUUGCUUCCUAAUCCCCCGCGCCUUACUCUUCUCCAAGCAUAGUCGAUCAUUACGAUCGUACUUGUCUCGGUUUAUCCACACACUGCGGGAGAAGAACAUUCAAGGGCCAUUCGCGGAGGUUAGUCGCCUGCUCCUGGACGUCUAUGAAUCUCAAAGACAAUCAGGCCUUUCGGAUCUGCUUGUCUUCGCCUCAAGCGUCUUCGCCGCCGGACUGGUGGAAAAGUACGGCAGAGAGGACAGGAACGCUUUGCUAGCGACCUGGGAUUCAUUCCGGCUAGCAGGGCAGCUCGAUCCCAGUGUGGCGUCAGCCUGGCUGGGGCAAUGGGAGCUGUCUCAUAAAGAAUGCAUGUCGCGGUUUGGAAGGCAUAGCUUGCUGACUCUGGGGUUGGAAGAUGACCUUUCUAGCCUGGUACAACCCACACGGGUGUAUCCUGAGUCUAGCUGUCCCGCAGAGGUAACGGAACUGGUAAACAGUGUCCGGCGGAAGCUGUUCCUCAUCCCGGGCGACGAUUCCGAUAGCUCUAGUUUCGAAGACGACAAUCAUUUGUUCUUCUAG